AUGACACGGCUCUCCGACCUGCUGGGGCAGCAGGACUCGUCCGUCGAAGAGGUUGAAGCCGCGUUGGACUAUUUGGUGGCAAAACGGCAAUCGCUCUACGACCUCGAUAGCAGCAUCGCCCAGGAAACCCCCGAAGAUCAGCUGGGAGCGGAACUUGACAGUGCGCUCCAGUACGAGGAAGGUCUCGAGGGAAUGAUCACAAGGGCACGUCGUAGGCUUCGCCAGCAGCAGAAUGUUGCACCUUUGGAUCAACAGCGUCCUGCGGGGCAGAAAUCCGUCGCUCUCCCUAAGCUUCAGAUACCCAAGUUUUCGGGAAAAUUACAGGAAUGGCAACAAUUCUGGCAGCAUUUUGAUGCCACCAUCCACUCCAACCAAGCACUGGCUCCGGUCGAGAAGUUUAAGUACUUGGUCUCCUACCUCACUGACGACGCGAAGCGAUCCAUCGAAAGCAUCAGGAUCAGCGGCGACAACUACGACUCUGCGGUCACUCUGCUCACACACAGGUACGGUAGACCGGAACUCCUUACGGCGGAGCACAUCGACCAUUUGCUUGCUCUUCGUCCCAUCUCGAGUUCCCAAAACAUUCCCCAGCUCCGACGUCUUCAUGACGAUGUGACCAUUCGAAUGGCAGCUUUGGAUUCUUUGGGGGUAACUAAGGAUAAAUAUGCGGUUAUCUUGUACCGCGUCAUCACACGAUGCUUGCCCGAAAACCUCUGUGUCCUUUUUCAUCAACGAAGAAGGGAUACAGCCGCAGUACCUCAACCCCAAGGCAACAAUGAAAGCACUGGGAUAGACAAGGCCGCCGAGGAUCUUCAGGCGCUGCUAUCAUUUCUUCAGGUGCAGGUGGAGACUCGGGAAGAGGUGUUGCUCACUCGGGCAGUUUCGCCAGCGUCGGCUGCUCGCAGCAAGAGUCCUAACGAGCCGGUUCGGCUUCCUACGGCCGCUGCCCUAGCCGCUGCAAACGCCGCACCUCCGAAGCGGACUGCUGACGCACGUUCAUCACCCUGUCCCUUGUGUCAUUCGCCGGACCAUCCGCUGCAGUCCUGCACGGCGGUUUUACCGGCAGCCGAUAUGCGCCAUCGUUUGUCUAGAGCGGGAAGAUGUUUCAGGUGCGGCAAAUCCGGACAUUUUUCACGGGUUUGCCGAUCUGCGGCUGGGUUGUCUUGUGCGAAGUGCCACGGACAUCACCUUUCCAUAUUGUGUGACAUUCAAAGACGUCCGGAGGCUCAGCAUUGUUCGACCACUCUCCCCGCGACUGCAGACAUGGAGGCACCGCGCGAAGUGUUGGACGACGUCGUCUCACAGACUGUCAUGUCUUCAUCACCCUCGAACGUGCAUGCAAAAUCUGGAAUGGCACGCCUUCAGACAGUCUCAGUUUGGGCAGAAGGACCUGCAGGCAAGAAGCGAAUUCGGCUGCUUCUUGACACGGGUAGUCAACAAACGUUUAUACGUCGCGAUCUGUUGAAGGAGCUAGGGUGCCAAAUCACUGGUGAGGAGGACCUCUCCGUGUUCUCUUUCGCACGUACGCGCCACCCCAGAAGAUUCCACUGCGAACGGGUGCAAGUCCGCCUCGAAGCCAUCUCGGAUCCGCGGUCGUGCAUCGAGCUUGAAGCCCUCGGCAUUUCUGAACUAUGCCGCGUGUCUACGCCAGCCUUGGACGACGUAACCAUGAGCCUUCUCUCGCUGCGAGGCCUCGAAGUGGCUGACACGAGCUGCACCACGGACAUCGCUGUGCUGGUGGGUUCCGAUUACUAUUGGAAGCUGGUCACCGGCCGAGUGGAACGUCUCCCUGGCGAUCUUGUUGCGGUGGAGACCAUUUUCGGAUGGGUCGUUCAGGGAGUCCAGCGGUCACCCGGUCGAACGCUGUCUACCGUGGUAUCAGUCCUCUCCCUCUCCUGCGAGGAACAAGAACUCUUCGACCACAUGGACCCUUCGGAAGCGUGGCGAUUGGAUGCCCUUGGCAUAAGCGAUCCGGUUCCUGAUCCCGACGAUGACUUUGCGGCCGCCUACUUUACAAGCCAUGUACGCCAAUGUGACGGUCGCUACGUCGUCCCGCUAAUGGUUAAACCAGAACUAGGGCUCCCUGCCUGCGCCAAUAACAGGAAUACGGCUCUACAGCGCCUCCUCUCGCAACUACGUCGGUUUCGUUUCGACCCAGAAUUGCUGGCUCAGUAUGACAAGGUCAUACGUGAGUAUUUUGACGAAGGUCAUGCUGAGAAGGUAAUCCGUCGCUUCGUUUCAAGACGUGGUGUGCCCACCCUGGUCUAUUCAGACAACGCCCGAACGUUUCACAAGUGCGCAGCCAUCUUGUCUGCGCCCACCACAGCUGAAGUACAAGAUUUUGCAACUCAGCACCGUAUACAGUGGCGGUUCAUAGUUGAGCGAGCACCUUGGCGGGGCGGAUGGUGGGAACGCCUCAUCGGCACCGUGAAGGCUGCUCUAAGGCGAUGUCUCGGUAGAAGCCGCCUUACUUUCGAGCAACUAACUACAGCCCUAUGCGAGGUGGAAGCUCUCGUAAAUUCCCGCCCAUUAACCCACGUCGCAUCUGAUGUCGAGGAACUCGUACCCCUCACGCCAAGCCACUUUCUGAUAGGCAAACGAGCCAUCUCUCUACCGGGCGAACACGCUGCCAUCUCACAGCCUGACGCGGAGGACCUCCGGCACAACUUCAGAGAAAUGCUGAAGGCGAAGGAACUCUUCUGGAAGCGCUGGAGAUACGAGUACCUUCUGCAGCUGAGGUCUGCCCACGUGACUGCGUCUCCUACCCAAAGUCGUUUCAAGAAAGGGGAUGUGGUGGUGCUUCAGGAAGAUAAUGUUCGUCCCCCUUUUUGGAAGCUCGGACGCAUAGCGAAGUUGAUACGAGGGAGAGAUGGGUUAGUGCGGGCAUGUUCAGUACGUCUCGCAAGCGGCACUACCAUAACCCGUCCAGUUCAAAGGCUUUGCCGUUUGGAAGCAGACGUCUCGUCACCCGCGGCCGGGGAUGAUGUUGCGGAUUAA